UAUGGCAUGACAAUAUAUCUCCUGAUUUAAAAGAAAAAAGUACAUUUACUUCUAUUUCCUGGAUCUCCAAUAAUAAGAAGUCCCUGCAGAGGGGAGCUUGGCUGGUGGUGUUUAGUGAUUUCUCAGAUAACAAGAGCUUCACAUUUCUGUGGAAUUCCCAUUUGCCAGUGAGCUGCUGCUGCCGCUAGCCUGAUUGAUAUAUGACUGCAAUGGCACUUUUCCAUUUGACAUUCUCUCUCCCUCUCUCGCACUCUCUCUCUCUCUCUUAAACAACAGCCCUAACUUUUGUGUGUUGCAAAUAUAAAAGGCAAGCCAUGUGACAGAGGACAGAAGAACAAAAGCAUUUGGAAGUAACAGGACCUCUUUUUAGCUCUCCGAAGAGUGUAAGGGAAGGAAGGAGCAGCACAUUUCCCAAAGAACAAAAGAAGAGUAUGACUGUGAACUGAAUGAUAAUGUAUCAGAGUACAGUAUAACUGGAAUUCAUUGUAAUGGAUAAAACCUCAUAAGAACUUAAUUAAAGAAGACAGAACCAUGUAUCUACUGAGAUUCAGGUCCUGCCCUUUCAUUAAUGAUGGAGAGAAGGAAAUUCAGGAAGUGCAAGCUGAUGAGCAGCUAUGGAAGAGAGUCUGUGAUGGAUUACAACUUCGGCAAACUCUAACUCAAAAAGAACAAUGACAACCAAGAGAUUUAAACCAGAUUUUUCAAUGUACUUCAAAGGAGCUGGAUCUUGUUUGGCGGUUUUUUAAUACUUUAACUCCCUCUGCUGUUAUUACUGAGAAGUUCUUCAACAAUGGGAAAUCAUGUACUGGCAGCUUCCAUUUCCAUGUUAUCCCUUCUGGCAAUAAUGGGAGACACAGACAGUAAAACAGACAGUUCAUUUAUGAUUGACUCUGACCCAGGUCGCUGUAUGAGGCACCAUUAUGUCGAUUCGAUCAGUCAUCCAUUGUACAAGUGCAGCUCUAAGAUGGUGCUCCUGGCUCGCUGUGAGGGACGUUGCAGUCAGACUUCACGCUCUGAGCCAAUGGUCUCCUUCAGCACAGUCCUGAAGCAGCCUUUCCGUUCUACUUGUCACUGCUGCCGACCCCAGACCUCCAAGCUGAAGGCAAUGCGAUUACGCUGCUCUGGUGGCAUGCGGCUUACUGCCACCUACCGCUACAUCCUCUCCUGCCACUGUGAAGAGUGCAACUCCUAGGGAUGCACCCACUGCAGCAGGGAGAGGGGGACACUGAUGUGUGGAAAGACAACCUUCACCAAGGUGUUCUUAUGAGGACACUAUUUCAGUGUUAUAACUUCCAGGGCUAAUCAAGCUAGAAUGGUUUGGGAAACAAAUAAAUUCUCAUACUUGUCUGUGCUGGAACCCCAAGGAUUUAUUUUCAGGAGCCUUUCUUUUCCCUGGGAGGAUAUUUUAGGGGCAUUUUUUCAGACUUCACCUUUCUUUUGCUCUAAGCACAGAGACCUGAUUCUAAUUUUCUGCCAGUGAACAAUAAGGACAAAGAAAGAGAGCAGUGGGUGUCAGUAUGAUGGAGACACUGUUCUAGAAGAGCCCAGGAGGAGUAUGGACCUCAAUUACUGCGCACACAUCCUUAUUCUAUCAUUUUGUUCUCCAUCUUUUACUUACAUUUUUCUUCAAAAUAAACUGUGCUGUUGAUAAAGCCUAUACAGUACUGAUCCAGCAGCCAAGUGCUGGAUAACAUUAAUGAUGGUUUAGCUGAAGUUACAAUAAAUAAUUGAAAAGUGAACUUGAUAUCUAAUGUAGCAUUGGGAUUUUCCUGCCCUAGACAGUUGAAAUGAGUAUUGCAUCAAACUCAAUGGUUGAAUGACUCUAACAAAGUAAAAGGUCAUGUAGUUCAUCCCUCUUUUCAGCUAGCAUUGUAGGGUUUAUUGUUACUCAAAGUGUGAAUGACACAACAGCCACUAUAUAAGAACUGGAAACUAAUCACAGGUUUAAAAUUAAAAUUCAAUACUUUUGAAUGGAGUCUUUUCUUAGUCAUGGUUGGCCUUAUGUUACAUAGAGCCCAGAGCUGUCAGGAUAACAACAAUCAUACAUAGUACUGACUUUCAUUCCCAGAUCUCAGAAUAUCACCAGCAUGAGUAAAGUAUCGCUAAUCCCUCUUUUAAAAAUAGGGAAUCUAAGUUACAGGGAAAUUAACUGACCUGCCCUCAGUCUCACUAAGUCGAUGUUGUGCAUGCUACCUAGAGGACUGCUUCUCUCCAGUAAGAAGAUCAGGCCAAAAAUAGUCUUUUCUUCUAGGACCAUUGCUGUAGAAGGAAAUAGGGCUAGCUUAGGAGUGACUGAUUGCAUGUGACAUCAGGGUUUAAAAAACCAGAGACUCCAAACUACACAUUGCUUUAUUUAUGCUUAGAGCCUGGCCCUGCUCUGAAACACACAGCUUUUGGAAGGUCCAGUUGAACAACCAAUAUUCGAAGCCACCUAUGAUCUGGAAGCUGUAUUAGCUGAUAUGAGCAUUAAUGUCUCUUAAGGAUGAUCUGAUCAAUAAAGGAGUCACCCUGCUAUACAAUACUUUUCUAAGCUGUUCUAUAUAGGAAAGUCAUGGAGUCAAAAGGCUCUCACAGGAGCAUCUCUCAGGGCACUGAAUGUCAGCUUCAGUCCAGGUUGAGGAUCUCCCCUCUAUAACCAUAUGGAAUAUUGUUUAAGUUCAAUAGUUACUUCAAUAGUACGCUGGAGUAAGUCUCCUGAACAGUGAUGAACAGGAGAGGCAGUGAAGGAACAGGGGAGUGGGUAGACAAGCCCAACAUUCAUCCCAGCUACUGAGUGGUAUCUAACCUAUCUUGGAAAAUUGUCGUAUGUAGGGACUAGGAUUUUGACAGUGAGCUCAUACAGUUUCCAUUGAGCAUGCUCAAGGAGUACCCAGGUUCUAUUUAUCUGAUGUACAGGAGUAGCACCCUAAAACUUGGAAGGGAACAAUUAUGUUAUAGAUAGGCAUUACUACAGGCAGCUAGGCAGAGUCAAAAUCCUUUGUCACUUCCUCCCCAUGAGCAAUAUGGGGAAUGAAAACAAGAAGGAGACAUAGACAGCUCUCCUCAGCUGAAUUCUGGAGCAGGAUGUCACUCAGUCGAAUAAAAAAACUAACUGGGUUAAAUGCACGUAUAAACCUAUGUUUGGUAAGGGGCCCCAUUGACUGAAAGGAAUAGCUUCUGUCAGCAGGAUAAUGUCUUACUGUUGUUGGCCAGUUCUAAAUGAGAAAUCUUUUGUGGACAAACAAGAAAGAGUCAAUCAAAUUGUUGUAAGGUAUAGAGCUCAUAUUAAAAUGCCAGUGCCAUGACUGAGCAACUACAAUGAAAUCAUUGGACAUCAUUCAUUGUUUCAUUCUGACUGUCAUACAUUUCAUGUCUGGUGAAUACUUUGAGCAUGAGAGAGAGAGAAAUGAGAGUAUACUGAGCAUUAUCACGUCAUUAAUUUAUACCAAAUAACAUUUGUCUGUGCCUUUUUUAUUACGGUUCAAGUCAAUAUUCUAGAGGUCUCUUUUAUCUAAAAGAAGAUCAUGUCCUCUAUUGAUUACAGACAAUUCUUUUAAUUAUUUAAACAUUAAUUAUUAAAAGUAUAAGGGUUGCCCAUAAAAACUUUCUGGUGUUACUUUCAAUAAAUUAAUAUCAUCAUGUC